AUGCCACCAUGUUCAAUUCUUGAGGCCGAUGAAUACUGGAGAACACCUUUUGCUUCAUUUCUUUCCUCUAAACAGCUCGUGGAAUAUGUAGUCUUGAAUGUUAACCCGAUUCAGAUCAAAGUCAAUGGUUUGAAUUUCGAAAUGGCUGAUGUACAUGUGGCGCGUGUAUCUGAUUUUGGGAAGAAUGAUACGAUUUUCUUCAUAAGAACUCAUCUAGUGAAUGUUUUAAAGCCUGGGGAUUAUGCGCUUGGGUAUGACUUACAUGCUGCUAACAUUAACGAUGUAGAAUUCGACAAUUAUAAAGGUGUGGUUCCGGAGGUUAUUUUGGUAAAAAAGAGUUAUGAAGAAAGGAGGAAGAAGAAGUGGGGGAAGUCGCGUUCAUGGAAGCUUAAAAUGCUAAAUAUGGAGGUUGAUGGAGGUGAAAAGAUGAAUGAUGAAUAUGAAGAGUUUUGUAGGGAUCUUGAAGAGAACCCAGAAUUGAGAUUUGAUAUAUCACUUUACAGAAAUGAAGAUUAUCAGCCUUCGGAAAUGGUGGAUGAUGAGGAUGAAUUUUCUGUGCCAUUGGAAGAACUGCUUGCUGAUGUAAAAUUGAGCGAUGAAGAUGAUGAAAUGAGGGAGUGA